GAUACAGCCUGCUUGCUGUGACUUUUAUUCUACGUCGCUCGGCACAACGAGGUCUGAGGGUUUUCAUAUACGUGGUAAUCAUCUAGCUGUGUCAGGCCUCUGCUAUUGUAUGGGGUUAAAGUCUUAUUCUUUUUAGGCAUCUUUUUCUUAUUGGAUGGAUCCCGUAUUGCAGUGCAGAAGCAAUUUGCCGUGAUGAUCUGCAAUCGGACACCUUGGCACGGAAUAAGGUGUAACAGCCAGAAGCCUUUGGAUUGUCCAGAUCCCCAGUUAAUUGUAAUCCUCAGAGAGCUUGAAAGGCUAUAAAUCUCUCGAUCGUGUGCCUUGUGCACUUCUCAGUGACACACUACAGUCCAGGGGACUUGUUGCUGCCCACCACUAUGCCUACUCCUGCACCCGAGACAGGCAACAGCGGCGUCAGCAGCAAUGGCAGCCCAGAGCACCGGCUCCUGCUGAAGCAGAGCAGCAGCGUGGGCUUCCUGUGCAGGUCUCUGCCACAGUAUGUGCAGAAGCCCCCAAUCGAGGCCGUGGUCUUUGGAUGGGGUGUUAAUGAAGACGGCCAGCUGGCACUGGAUGAGGCUGAGAAUGUGAUGGCACCAAAAGUGUUGGAGGCGCUCUUGGGAACCCGAUUCCAGGGGAGGGACUUUCUGAAGAGCCCCCUGGUUUGCGGCAGCAGAUGCACUGUGGCCAUUGAUGCUGAUGGGCAGGUGUUGUCGUGGGGAUGGAAUGACCGGGCCACACUGGGCCACAGUCACAGGGAGCAUGAGCGCAAGCCCAGGAGGGUGGCAGCGCUGCGAGGCAUGGAGAUCACGCAGGUGUCCACAGGGGGAUGGCACUGCCUGGCGCUGGAUUCAGCCGGCCUGGUGUACGCCUGGGGCGGCAACGAGUAUGGGCAGUGUAAUGUGGAGUGGAAUGUCAGGGAUGUGGUGCAGCCGACGCCGUGCGUGCCGGGGCUGCGCGUGAAGCAGGUGGCUGCCGGCGGCAUGCACUCCUGCGUGCUCACCGACACUGGCGAGGUGUGGACAUGGGGCGAGCCGUGGGGGGACUUCUCCAUGAAGGUGGACCGCCAUCCCAAGAAGGUGGAGGGCGCCAUCGACAUCGUGAAGCUGGCAUGCGGCGCCUUCCACAACCUCGCCCUAAACGCGGCUGGGGAGGUGCUGGCGUGGGGCAUCAACGACUUUGGGCAGCUGGGCAAUGGGAGCACCUUCUACGAGACCUCCCCCACGAAAGUUCUGGGCCUGGAGGAUGUGCGAGUGGCCGAUAUUGUUGCCGGCGGCUGGCACUCCCUCGCGCUCACCACCGAAGGAGGCGCGCACCCACAGAUUGAGUGCGCAAAAGCGGGGAAGAUGGUGUUUGUGUGGGGCCGCGGAGAGUACGGCAGGCUGGGGCUGGGCGACAGGUCAGGGUCCAGCAAGCUGCGCGCCACAGGAGUCGCCUUCAAGGAGCCCGACGCAUCCUGCGGGGGAACCCACACGAUGGUGCUGACAUCGGAGGGGCGAAUCUACACCUGGGGCCGAGGCUCCUUCGGGCGGCUGGGCACAGGGACCGAGAAGGACUACCUCUCCCCAGUUGAAGUGUUCCUCCCAGGCGGCCCGGAGCGGUGGCGCGUCAUCUGCUGCGCGUCGGGCGGCCGCCACAGCCUCGUGCUGGCGCUGCCGGACAACUCCGACUCCGACCGCACCGCACGCAUGCGGAUCGCCGCGGGUCCGGCGCUAGGCGGCAGCAGCGAGGAUGGGAAUGAUUUGGAGGGCGCCAGCGACGGCGAGGUAGGAGUCAACCUGGAAGACGGCAUCGACCAUGAGGACGACGUUGCUGACAUAAUGGCGGCGGUGGAGAACGGGGGGGACCCGGGGGGCAUAGGGGGACUGGUGUCGCGCCUGGAGUGGAGCGAGCUGGACCGCGCUCGCAGCGACGAGGAGCAGCUGGCGGCGUCCAGCCUGGCGGCCAGCGCGCCCGAUGGCGCGGCCCUGCGCGCACACGGGCUGCUGCACCACGAGGGCGGCUCCCCCGACGGCGCAUCAACCCCCACCUACGAGGGCCACCCCCGCAUCAGCGCCACCUAUGACAUCCCAGCCGAUGACUAG